UUUUCUCUAUGUUUUGUUAACCCACUUUAGGUAACCAAGAUUAGUACAAUUAUAGUCCAUUAUAACAACCAACACUACAAAUAAAAACAUGGUAUCAUAGAAAAUCACCAUAAGAGGAAAGAAAGACAGAAACUUGGUAACAGAUCAAAAGACAAUUUUUUUUGUCUAAUUCAUCUUCAAAGCACACACAUUGUGUUCUUUCUUUUUUAGGACAAAAGGGUUGUUUCAUUUUUGUUCUUUUAUAGAAUUCAAAAAAUUCAAGACACAAAUGAAGAGGUCGCCACCAUCUUCAAGUUCAUCAUCUUCAUCUUCUGUUGGAUUUGAGACACAAAUUCAAUCAGAGAAAAAAAGGGGUGCUAAGAAUCCAAAAAAGAAUCUUAGUGUCAAGUCACAGAAUUGCAAACAGAAGAAGAACCAAACAAAUGGUGGGAGUAGAAGAAGCUCCAUUUACAGAGGAGUUACAAGACAUAGAUGGACUGGGAGAUUUGAAGCUCAUCUAUGGGAUAAGAGUUCUUGGAACAACAUUCAGAGCAAGAAGGGACGACAAGUUUAUUUGGGUGCUUAUGAUACUGAAGAAGCAGCAGCUCGUACCUAUGAUCUUGCAGCACUUAAGUAUUGGGGGAAGGAUGCAACCUUGAAUUUUCCGAUAGAAACAUAUGGCAAAGAGGUGGAGGAAAUGGACAAGAUCUCAAGAGAAGAGUAUUUGGCUUCUUUGCGGCGUCAAAGCAGUGGUUUUUCUAGAGGCAUUUCCAAAUACCGUGGGGUUGCUAGGCAUCACCAUAAUGGUCGCUGGGAAGCUCGCAUUGGAAGAGUUUGUGGUAACAAGUACCUCUACUUAGGAACUUACAAAACUCAAGAGGAGGCAGCGAAGGCAUAUGACAUAGCAGCAAUAGAACAUAGAGGAUUAAAUGCGGUAACGAAUUUCGACAUCAGCAAUUACAUCAAUAAAUUUAAGAACAAAAUCGAUGAAUCGGAACAAACACAACCUCAAACAACAACCAUAGAAAUUGUUCAAAAUUCCUCUGACUCCGAAGUAGCACAAGAAGAACAACAACAAAUAACAAUUACUACUACACCUCCACAAGAAAUUUUAGAAAAAAUUGAAGUACCAAUGCUGCAUCAACAACAACAACAACAACAUGUUCCUCCAAUUGAACAAGAACACACAAUAGUUAAUGUUAUGGAUCAUUAUCUUGAACAAGAUCUACCAUCAAGUUUCAUGUUUCAAGACUCAGAUGAAUUGGCUUUGAGCAAUGCUGAGAUAGAUUUAAUGCAAAUAUUUGAUGGUUCUAGCUUUGAAGAUAACAUUGAUUUGUGGUUCAAUACAGAUCCUGGUUUUGAUAGUGAUAUCAAUAUAAGUGAAGUUUUGGAGGGUAUUAAUUGUGGUGGAUUAUUAAAUGGAGAUGCUGGAAAUAACAUGAUAGUGGAUGGUAACAAUAAUAAUAAUAUUAAAAACAAGGAGAAUAAGGAAAUAUUAUCCUUAAAUUCUUCUUCAUCUUCUUCACUAUCAUCUACAACAACAAUAGAUUAUUUGUAACUAAUCUAUUUGAGGAAGUGUUCUGUUUUGGAUGAGGUUAAACUUCGCGGAGAUUGUUUGCUAAUUUGUUUAGAAAAUAUAUUGUUGGAAGUGUUACAUUGGUUUUAGAUUUUUUUUUUAUUUGUCUUUCAUUUUAGGUUUGGAUUUUAGUAGACACCAAAAGGAGAGCAUAAACCAAAAUUAGGUUUUAUUUUUUGUUGGAAAUUAGUUAUGUUCUUUUUUUUUUCUCCAUUGGAUAAGGAGAUGGAGAAAUAGAGAAAUAAUGCCGUAUACGUCUGGGCUAACAAUAAGUUGAUUUGGACAUCAAUAUUGUUUUUAUUUUAUGUUGUAAAGAUUGUUUUACUAAGCGCAUAGAAGAUAAGAAUUGUGGGUUCAAACCAA